AUGUUACCAACAUUCGCAAGAAGGUCGCAAUACGGCACCAGGAACGAAGGAGCUCGCGGCGUGCAACCAUGGCGGCAGCGGGUUGAGUACGAGACUUUCAGGAGCAAAUACGCACCGCACGCAAUGAUCAGCGGCGCAUUCGCUGUGGCUGCGGGCACGGGAGUACUGCUAUUGUUCGAUGCUGUGCCGAAGGUGCAGAGGGAUAUUCUUCAGAAGGUGCCGAUCAUUGGGCCAUACUUUGUGCACGAGGUGCCGCCGGAGGACAACCCGUUCUAG